CAGCUAUGUGACCGAAGAGACGUUGUGAUCUUUGCUUGUCUAUUACUAUUCAUUCUGGAGUCUUCGCUGAUGGGUGAUGGAAUGGGCCCAUAAACCACAGUGGACUUCUUUCUCCGUUGCCAAUAUCCAUCCAUGUCCUGAAACCAUCAAAGGAUGCUCAAGUCAAAGAUAUUGGUCAUCAAAUACUACUUGCUGGAUGCAGAGUGGGUGGAUUCAACUUUCUUCUGGAGCCUGAACAGGUCAUCACCGGGAAAUUUCACACCUUACCUGGCUCUCCUGGAGAAUAUGGAAGGUGAAAGCAUCUAUGAAGUUGACUCUGAAGAUGGGGUUGGAGCUGAUAUUAUUUCUACAGUCGAGUUCAACCACACGGGAGAACUAUUGGCUACUGGGGACAAGGGGGGCCGGGUUGUCAUAUUCCAAAGGGAACCAGAGAGUAAGAAUGAACCUCACACCCAGGGCGAGUACAAUGUUUACAGCACUUUCCAGAGCCACGAGCCGGAGUUUGACUAUCUGAAGAGCUUGGAGAUCGAAGAGAAAAUUAACAAGAUUAAAUGGCUCCCCCAGCAGAAUGCGGCCCACUCGCUCUUGUCCACCAAUGAUAAAACUAUCAAAUUAUGGAAGGUUACUGAACGGGAUAAGAGGCCUGAGGGAUAUAACUUAAAAGAUGAAGAAGGAAAACUCAAAGACCUGUCCACAGUGACAUCUCUACAGGUGCCUGUGCUGAAGCCCAUGGAUCUGAUGGUGGAGGUCAGCCCCCGGAGAAUCUUUGCCAAUGGUCACACCUAUCACAUCAACUCCAUUUCUGUCAAUAGCGACUGUGAGACGUACAUGUCUGCGGAUGACCUCCGGAUUAACCUCUGGCACUUGGCGAUCACGGACAGGAGCUUCAACAUUGUCGACAUCAAGCCGGCCAACAUGGAGGACCUCACGGAAGUGAUCACCGCCUCAGAGUUCCAUCCCCACCACUGUAACCUCUUUGUCUACAGCAGCAGCAAAGGGUCCCUGAGACUGUGCGACAUGAGAGCGUCGGCCCUCUGUGACAAGCACUCCAAGCUUUUUGAAGAACCCGAAGACCCCAGUAACAGAUCCUUCUUCUCUGAAAUCAUCUCCUCAGUGUCAGACGUCAAAUUCAGCCACAGUGGACGCUUCAUGCUCACCAGGGAUUACCUCACGGUCAAGGUGUGGGAUCUGAACAUGGAAACAAAGCCCAUAGAAACAUACCAGGUUCACGAUUACCUUAGGAGCAAACUGUGUUCCCUGUAUGAAAACGACUGCAUUUUCGACAAGUUUGAAUGUGCCUGGAACGGGUCUGACAGUGUCAUCAUGACCGGUGCCUACAAUAAUUUCUUCAGAAUGUUUGACCGGAACACCAAGCGUGACGUGACCCUGGAGGCCUCCAGGGAGAGCAGCAAGCCCAGGGCCAUCCUCAAGCCGCGGCGCGUCUGUGUGGGAGGCAAGCGCCGCAAGGACGACAUCAGCGUGGACAGCUUGGACUUUACCAAGAAGAUCCUCCACACGGCCUGGCAUCCUGCCGAGAACAUCAUUGCCAUCGCAGCGACAAACAAUCUUUACAUAUUCCAGGAUAAAGUGAACUCAGAGAUGCACUAGGUUUACCCAUAAUCCUCUGUAUUUAUCAGCCAGCCUUUUGCAGAUUGUACAAGAUGACCGUCAGAGAGAGAAACAGAGCAAGAGAAAAGUGGCCGUGGUGGGGGAAUCCGUCCUCCUCUGGCCCAGCUGCCCGUCACCCCUCCCUCUCCCAGCUCCCCAGAACCCCCUGAGAUGAUGAUGAUGAUGGUGAUGGCCAUUUACUAAAGCAGGAACCAGAAUUCACUGUAACGAAGGGACAAAAGGCUCCCCAGCAAGGUGACGGGCUUGUCGGGUUUUUAACACUUAGGGUCCAUUAUACACCCCCAUCCUAGGUCUUUAGUGUUUACCACAUUACUAGAGCUUUUUUACAUUCACAGUUAAGUUUCCACUGCAAGUUUCUUUCUGCAGACGUAGCGUGAGGGAUGGAGAGACGCGGCUCCAUCACUGGGGCUCUGGGGACCGCUGGGGAAGCCGAGACCAGAGCUCACGGCGGGCUCGGGAGAACCCAGGUUCAGACCCUGGUUGGCUAUUUAUUCACUAGAAGACCUUGGACAAAUCACUUCUCUUGGAGGGGGGAGGUCAGUUUCUUUCUCUGUAAAAUGUGAGGAAGUUCCACUGAAUGCUUUCUAAGGUCCUCUCCAGGGCUCACCGUUUCAGGACUAACAUCCAUCCCUCUUUUCCUCCCGGCCACCCCCUUGUCAGAAAGCAAUUCCACGGUCACGUUCUUAUUUCAGUUUCCGGAGGAAAACAAAUGGUGGCUUAUGGGGCUGCUAGCAGUCGCCACGACCGGCCUUUUAGGCGACUUUUUCACCUCUGUAGGACAUUUCCAUGCCUCCUGGGAGAGACGGAAGCAGAUUCUCUCUACCUUGGCUCCUGCAGAUCCCAGAAGGUAGGAGGAGACUUGCUGAGAGCCCCGGCUUCCAUGGCAGGAGAGGAGUGUGGAAGCGGGAUGAGCCGGCAUAGAUCCUGCCCCUGCUCUGGGUCAGCUCGGGCGGGAAAUUCCAACUGCCCAAGCCACCCGAAACACAGUGAUCUCCAGGCGCUCUCCCGCCUCUAAAUGUGAUCCUAGGAUUUAGGCUUGGAAAGGGCCUUACUGAUCAGCUUAAAGAACGUGAGGUCCAAAGAAGGAAAACAUGCUCGAUGAGCCCCAGGCAGUGCAAGAGUCUCUGUGUCCUAAGUCACAUGUGCUCAUUACCCCCACACUGUGCUGCCUACCGCCCCAAGUUUGCUCCACCAUGUUUAAGGGUUGUGAGCUUUGCUCCCUGUGCAUGUGCAGCUCAUUACCCACCCGCUUGUAUCCUUGGAGGAUCGAGCUGCCUCUCAAAAUUUAAAAAAAAAAAAUCCCAUUUUCAAUAUAUUUUUAGGGAGAAGGAAAGGAACAGUUACCCAACCAGGCAAGAGAACAAAUUUGCUUUUCUCUAAGGCAAUUUUAAUGCACAUGUGGAGGUGAGAGCUCUAACUCUCCCGGAGUCAGCAAACUCAUUUGCACAGUCAGGUUGAGACGGAUCACCGAUUUCAUGAGCUCAUCUCUGUUUAAGGCAAAACUCAUCGGUCCCUUGAGAAAGUUCACAUUCACCAUUGCCCCCCUCAGCAAACAGAAAGUGAAAUGAUCCUACAGCAUUUUGUAUUUUGAGUUAGAAAGCAGAGAAACGUGGCCAUGGCUCACACAGGUUAUCAACAGGAUCCAACUUUUUUAUAAUGAUGUCUUGACAUGACCCAAGAAAUAUUGUCCAACUGAAGUUUUCUCGACCAAUAACUAUUUUUGUGUAUUUAAAAGCACAAACGCAUGUGCACCCACUUCCAGCCAUAGUAUACAGACACUCUGAAAUGUGUACGCUACUUUUUCUUUUUUCUUUUUUUAAGAAUCAAAGGGAAUGAGGAAUGUUUGUUUAUAAAUCACUGUAUACUCUAAAUGACUUGGACAGUAUUAUAUGUACAUAUUUAUUCUAAUUAAAUUUAAUAAUUAGAGGGUUGGUUUGGGAUCGGUUUUGAUUUUGGUUUUGUUUUUCUUGUAAAAAGGUUUAAGAAUGUGGUAAAUUGUAUAGAAAUCUUGGUAGAUCCAAACUAAAGCUUUGAGGGCCUCACACAAUUAUUUGAAGAUUUUUCCAUUUACCCAUCACCCUUUUGGGCUGAAAUGGCUAACAGCUCUUACUUACAUUUACUAAAAAUUCUGUCAAAUCAUAUACUUAACUUUCAACAUCUUCCAAGUACGAGACUAUAGAUAAGAUAUUAUAAAGCAGGUUUUAACACAACAGUUAUCAUUUGGAUUUCUUGUACCUUAAUUCCGUUUUUAAAAUUUGGGUACAAAAAACAAGCUCUUCUUUGAAGGAAAAUAUGUCUCUGGAAUUCUGGGAAAUUCCUAAUUUCCAGAAGAAAGCAUGCUCUCAUCAUGAGUCAAGUGCAGAAAGUAUCACGGGAGGGAGAAGAACUAGAGAAAAAAAAAGUAAUCACCAGUAUGUUGUUCAUGAACUUUGCAUUCUUACUGUGAUUCAGUUUUCUGGUCUUCUUGAAUGUACGGGAAGUAACCUUGUCAUUGUGAGGGUUUUGGGUUUAUUUUCUGGUUGUUUUUUUUUUUCCAUUUUUUGAUAACUUUCUUUGGGGAUUAAGCUUUCGGUGGUGUAGAGUAAGUGGUGGUCAAGGUGGUCCAGCUGAUUGUUUUGAAAGCUGUAGUUCAUGGCUGCUUUCUUUCUUUGUGUUUCACAGACUAGCUAACUGUUGUUGGAUAAAAAUAUAAAUAUGUUAAUACCAGCUUUUUCCAAUAAAAGGAUGAUAAAAAUGA